CCCUCUUUUACUUCCCUACAUAGAUCUUGAUCAGAAUGUUGGUUGUAAUUUUCUUUGUUUUUUUCUGAAGUAAUCGCCUUGGUUUAGGGUAAAGAAGUUGCUUCUGCUUUUGGUUCCUGUAAUAGAUUGUUCAGAAGUAGUUUUUGUGUGUGUGUUUAUUAAGAGAAUUGCAGAAAUUAAAACGAUAGGAAUUGUUUCUCUUUACCUUUAAAUAAUGUGACUUCCAAAACUUAUUUUCCUCUUCUUUACAUUGGAAAUCCUCUACAAUUGGGGUUACUGUGUGCCCGUUCUGUUUUAUCAUUUAACUGUAUAGAAAGUAACUUACUAAAAAAUUAAUCGUAAUAAGUUACUUUUUGACCUUCCAAGGAGUAAAGUUUUAUAAUGCUUCUCUUGUAGUGGCAAGUGAAGUUGUUUCAUAAUUUUCCUUUAAAAAAUUUAAUGGCCUUCAGUAAACAUAGGUGUAUGUAUGUAGUCUUAAGGUUUCUGUGAACUAUUAUUGGGGUGUCUUUUGCUAACUUUUUUACUUAUGUGAGACAAUUUAGGUAAGGAGAAAAGAAGUAAUAGUGAUUCAUAACAUCCAGAAUUUUGAACUCUACACUGAGAUAUAUAAAGGUUCAGUGCUUUGAGAGUCAUAUGGUAUUAUAAAUCUGGUUUGUUAUUUCUCAUUAAAUGCUAGUGGUAAACAUUUUAAAUGUUCUUUGUUUCAGAACAAGAGAAUAUAUGAGCCACCAGUUUUGCCACCAAAUAUGACUAAAUGCCUUUCAAAUAGUACCUUGUUUUGGAAUCAAAUUGCCAUGAUCUGAAUCUUGCUUCCUUAGUUCACAUUUUGAUACUAUAUGUGGUCCCUGAGUGGCUUUAUCAACAUCAUCUGGGAGCCUGUUAGAAAUGUAGAGUCUCAGGUUUCCCCAGGCCUAUUAAUCAGAACUGCGUUUAUCCCCAAGUGAUUCAUAUACAUGCCAAAGUUCAAACAACAUUGAGAACUUCUUUGUAUUCCCAUCUGUCUUGUUAAAUGUACAUAAGAAUUAUGAUCACUCAAUAAUAUAUUUAAGCAGUCAGAACAAUACUGGCAUGUAAUAAGAACCCAGGAAAUGUUGACUAUGGGUGGUAUUUUCUGAACAAACUCACAAACUCUUCACAUUGGUUGCUUUAGCUCCUCAUUUGGCUGCUGCUUCAGAAGUUAGCCCUGGCUUCAUCUUCCUCCCCAGAAUUCUACUACGUUUUCUCUUGUGCUUUGUAAACCUUUUAACGCUGUACUUUGUUCUUUCUCUUUUUUGCUGUGGGCUGUAUGGCAUUCUCUUCAGCAUGCUUUCUUUCUCUGCAGAGUCAUAAAACUGGAAGGGACUUUAGAGAUCAUCCUGUUCAAACAUUUUCUUUUGGUUUUGAGGAAACUGAGGCCCUAAGAAGUUAAGGUGUCAUGUUCCUGUGUUUGGAGUUUAUCCGUUACACAUCUUCAGCAGAGCUCCCAGGCAGAUUGAAAAGGCUGAAGCAGGAAAGAUUUAGUGUAGACAUUUUAAAUCUAAAGGAUGUGAUCAGUAUUCAGCUGGAAGAUACUACCAGUAGCAAAACUUUUUGCAGUCAGUCUUGUCUUUCAUCAUAUGAAGAAAAAAGAAAGCCAGUUGUUACCAUAUGUACUAAUAGUGUUCCAGCCAAGUGCAGCGUGUGUCAGAAGACUACUGCUAUUCAGUACGAAGUGAAAUACCAGAGUGUGAAUCAUAGUCUUUGCUGUAAUGCCUGUUUUUCAAAAUUUCACUCCGCUAACAACCUCAUCAUGAACUGUUGUGAGAAUUGUGGGGCUUACUGUUCCACUAGCUCUAAUAUGUUCCAUAUACUUCAAAUGGAAGGACAGUCUCAUUACUUUAAUAGUUCAAAGAGUAUUACAGCACAUAAGCAGAAACCAGCCAAAUCACUUCCAUCUGUUCUUUGCAAAUCAUUGAAGCCCACAGAUGAAAUGAUUGAGACUACCAAUGACUUGGGGAAGACAGAGCUUUUCUGCUCUAUUAAUUGUUUCUCUGCUUAUAGUAAAGCUAAGAUGGAAUCUUCUACAGUGGUAUACGAUACUUCAACGAAUCUCCCUUCUCCAAAGAAAGAUGCAACUCCAGUUAUAAGCAAUAUAGUGUCAUUGGCAGAUACUCAUGAUGCCCUGCCCAUUGUGAACUCUGAUGUAUUACAAGGUACAGUUUCUUCAGUAACAGCAAAUGUCAUUGAGGAUGUUUCACCCAGUGAAUCAAGUAAUAGUGUGCAACAGCCAAGCCUCUCACCACCGUCAUCUGUAGUCAGUCAGCAUACGGUUGCCUUAAAUACAGAAGAACAAAAAGAUCAUACGUUAAACCAAGAUGCUACAAACAAUAUGAAAUCCGUGAAAAAAAGUGACAGGCUACGCCACCCAAAAUUUACAUCCAAAAUACAAAAAGUUAAAGGUAAAUCACGAAGUAUUAAAAAAUCUUAUUUUCAACGAUUAGAAAACAGUAUUAAAAAGGAUGUAAUGUUCUGUUAUUCAUGCCAGUUGUUCUGCCAGAAAAAAUUUAACUAUGGAAGAGAGUCACUUAGAGCACAAGGAAUUUCCCAUUGGAAAAAAACUCUGGAAAAAUUCAGAAAGCAUGAAAAAAGUGAAAUGCAUUUGAAGUCAUUGCAGUUUUGGAGAGAAUACCAAUUUUGUGAUGAAGCUGUUAAUGACAGUUUAUCUAGUCAUUCAAAGCAGAUUGAAGGAAAUAAAAAGUACCUAAAGCUUAUAAUUGAAAAUAUUUUAUUUCUUGGAAAGCAAUGUUUAUUCUUAAGAGGAAAUGACCAGUCUAUUUCAUCUGUGAAUAAAGGCAACUUUUUAGAAUUGUUAGAAAUCCGAGCAAAGGAUAAAGGAGAAGAAAUAUUUCAACUUAUGAAUUCACAAGUUGACUUCUACAAUAGUACACAGAUUCAAAAUGAUAUUAUUGAAAUAAUAAAGACUGAAAUAUUGCAAGAUAUUGUAAAUGAGAUCAAUGUCUCCUCAGCUUUUUCAGUAAUAUGUGAUGAGACAACUGAUGGUGCCACUAAAGGACAGUUCUCAGUUUGUGUAAGAUACCCGCAGAAAACAUCAAAGGCUGUAUUAAUUAAAGAAAGAUUUUUGGGUUUCAUAGAUGUUGAAGAGAUGACUGGGACCAACUUACACAGGAAUAUCAAAGCUUACCUGCAGCAGAUUGGAGUUGAUUUGAGUAAACUACGAGGCCAGGCCUAUGAUAGCACCAGUAAUUGGAAGGGAAAAUUUAAAAAAAUUGCAGCAGAAUUUAAGAAGGAAGAGCCAAGAGCUUUAUACCUGCAUUGUUACACACAUUGUUUGGAUUUAGCAGUGAUUAGGUUUUGUAAAGAAGUAAAAGAGCUCCGAAGUGCUCUAAAUACUCUCAGUUCUUUGUUCAACACUAUUCAUGGGGAAAUGUCAGUAAAUUUUCAAAACAUUUAUAAGCUGAGUCAAAGCAAAACAUGCAAGAAACACACAUCACAACCAUGUUGGACAGUCCGUGAUAAUACAUUACUCUCUGUGAUUGAGGGUCUUCCAGAAAUCAUUGAAACGCUAGAAGUUCUAUCAAACCAUUCCUCAAACACAAGUUUAGCUGAUGAAUUGAGUGAUUUGUUGGCAUUGGUUUCUAAAUUUGAAUUUAUCUUUUGUUUGAAAUUUCUUUAUCGAAUACUAAGUGUUAUAGGAAUUCUUUCCAAAGAGUUUCAAAGUGAAACAAUAGACAUUUUUUCUUUGUCUUCAAAAAUAGAAGCAAUUUUGGAGUGUUUAUCAUCUGAAAGAAAUGAUACUUAUUUCAAAACUAUCUGGGAUGGAGCAGAGGAAAUAUGUCAAAAAAUAACCUGUAAAGGUUUUGAAGUUGAAAGACCUUCAUUUCAAAAGAGAAGAAAAAUUCAGAAAACUAUAGAUCCUGGCAAUUCAGACAGUAUGUUUUUUCCUACCUCCACAGAAGAACAAUACAAAGUUAAUAUUUAUUACCAAGGCUUGGAUACUGUAUUGCAAAAUUUAAAAUUGUGUUUUUUAGAGUUUGAUUAUUGUAAAAUGAAGCAAAUUUCAGAACUGUUACUUAAAUGGAAUGAACCCUUAAAUGAAGCAACAGCCAAAGAGGUCCAAGAAUUUUAUAAAUUUGAUGCAGACAUCAUCCCAGAACUUAGAUUUUAUCGGCACUAUGCAAAGCUCAACUUUGUCCUGGAAUAUGAUUUUAUCAACUUCAGCAAUCUUGGCCAUUUAUUUAUUCAGCAUGGUCUUCACAAUAAUAUUCCUUGCAUAUCAAAGCUAUUAUAUGUUGCUUUGUCUUGGCCAGUUACUUCAGCAAGUGUUGAAAACUCAUUUUCUACACUGUCGCGUCUUAAAACAUAUUUAUGUCGUACCAAGGGACAAGAAAAGCUUAGUGGCUUAGCCCUAAUGGCUGUUGAGCAGGAAUUGGUAGAUAAACUGAUGGAACCUGAAAGGCUCAAUGGAAUUGUGGAAAAGUUUAUCCUUCAGGUGAAAGAAAUAUAGUACUUGCUAGCUU